UCCCCUCUAUGCAUGAUGGGACGUGUAGUCCUUUGCAAACCUAGAGGCCCCCUCGCAGUGCGAUGGGAGCCGGCUCUAGGUGAGGCGCGGCGGACGCGGCCUUGUAUCCUUCCGGCCGGCGGCCCCGCCCCCGGUAUGGCGGCCACGGGCACAGCCAAGGCCGGGGUGGGUGUCGGGGCCGGGGGGGGCCGCGGUCCGUCCGGCGCCGCCGUGAAGGUUCUUGAGUGUGGAGUCUGUGAAGAUGUAUUUUCUUUGCAAGGUGACAAAGUUCCCCGGCUGCUUUUGUGUGGCCACACUGUCUGCCAUGAUUGUCUUACCCGGCUUCCCCUUCAUGGCAGAGCAGUUCGUUGUCCUUUUGAUCGACAGGUUACUGAACUAGGAGAUUCUGGUGUCUGGGGCUUGAAAAAGAAUUUUGCUUUGUUGGAACUCUUGGAACGGUUACAGAAUGGACCUGCUGGGCAGUGUGGGACAGCAGAAGAAGCCAUUGGUCUGUCUGGAGAGAGUAUCAUUCGUUGCGACGAAGAUGAAGCACAUGUUGCAUCUGUAUAUUGUACUGUUUGUGCCACUCACCUGUGCGCAGACUGUUCCCAGCUUACUCAUUCUACAAAGACACUAGCAAAACAUAGGCGUGUACCUCUUGCUGAUAAGCCUCAUGAGAAGACCAUGUGCUCCCAACAUCAAGUACAUGCUAUUGAGUUUGUUUGUUUAGAAGAGGGCUGCCAGGCGAGUCCUCUUAUGUGUUGUGUCUGCAAAGAGUACGGGAAGCAUCAAGGUCACAAGCAUUCUGUCUUGGAACCAGAAGCAAACCAGAUUCGUGCAUCCAUUUUGGACAUGGCCCACUGUAUAAGAACUUUCACAGAAGAAAUCUCAGAUUAUUCCAGAAAAUUAGUUGGAAUUGUUCAGCAUAUAGAAGGAGGAGAGCAGAUAGUUGAAGAUGGAGUUGGAAUGGCCCAUACUGAACACGUACCAGGGACUGCAGAGAACGCUCGCUCAUGUGUCCGAGCCUAUUUUUCUGAUCUUCACGAAACCCUUUGUCGUCAGGAAGAAAUGGCUCUUAGUGUUGUCGAUGCUCAUGUGAGAGAGAAGUUGAUCUGGCUUAGGCAACAGCAAGAAGACAUGACCAUCCUCUUGUCACAGGUUUCAACAGCUUGCCUUCAUUGUGAAAAGACUUUACAACAGGAUGACUGCAGAGUAGUGUUGGCCAAACAGGAAAUUACAAGAUUUCUGGAGACGUUACAGAAACAGCAGCAGCAGUUUACAGAACUUGCAGAUCAUGUACAGCUGGAUGCUAGCAUACCUGUCACUUUUACAAAGGACAACAGGGUACAUAUUGGACCAAAAAUGGAAAUUCGGGUUGUCACUCUAGGAUUAGAUGGAGCUGGCAAAACAACUAUUCUGUUUAAGUUAAAACAAGAUGAAUUCAUGCAGCCAAUUCCAACGAUUGGUUUUAAUGUUGAAACAGUGGAAUACAAGAAUCUGAAGUUUACCAUUUGGGAUGUAGGAGGGAAGCACAAAUUGAGGCCCUUGUGGAAACAUUAUUAUCUAAAUACACAAGCGGUGGUGUUUGUUGUUGAUAGCAGUCACAGAGACAGGGUCAGUGAAGCACACAGUGAACUUGCAAAAUUAUUAACAGAGAAGGAAUUGCGAGAUGCCUUGCUCUUGCUCUUUGCCAAUAAACAGGAUGUAGCAGGUGCACUUUCAGUGGAAGAAAUCACAGAACUGCUCAGUCUCCACAAACUCUGCUGUGGCCGUAGCUGGUAUAUUCAGGGUUGUGAUGCCCGAAGUGGGACAGGACUUUAUGAAGGACUGGACUGGCUUUCAAGGCAGUUAGUGGCUGCGGGUGUCCUGGAUGUGGCUUAGUUUUACAGCAACUGCAAUUUAAGGUUGUAGUUUACUGUUUUGCUUUGUUUUCUUUGCACAAUUUAGGAUGUUGUAGCCAUGUCUGCUCUCUGAGGAGGGGACUUUGUGUAACUUGAUGGUUACAGAAAAGUAUAAGCUUUUAUCCUAGAUUGGGUAAUUGUUUCAGUGAACUUGUGCAGUUGUAGUUGGUUUGGAAUUUGAUACAAGUAAUGGAAUGGAAUAGUGAAAAGGGUGCCUUGAAAUUCUUUUUGGUGACAUUAGGAUGUUGCAAUUUAAAAUUCUUCCAUGAUAAAGUAUACAUUGGAAUUCAUCUAAUAGUUAUAAUAAGGUUACAGUAGUUAAAUGGUGCUUUCAUCUAAAGGUGGCAUUGAAAAUUACAUGGAAGUACACCACAAAAAGAAAAUUUUUCCCUUAUUGUUUAUUUUCUUUCCUGUUUAUUACCGGGAGUUUGCAUAACUAAGCAAAGAAAACUGAGAAUGGGAAAUGGUGUUGUGGAGCUGUGGCAUUGUUUAGCUCUUCAUUUUCUAGUCUGGCUGAAGGGGUUAGUUGUUUGAUGUUUUUUUUUUUGUUAAUUGUGCACAUGCUAAAUUAUUUAUAGGCAGACUAUAGUGAUAAUGAUGUGAAAGUGUUUUGUGCAUGCUUGAGGACAUAAUCUGCCCCUAGAGAUUAAGUUUACUCCUCAAGAAGUAAAAUGAAGUUAAAAAAAAAAA